AUUACCUGUGACCCUUCAACUCACACACCAAAAUUCAUUUUCUCUCUCAAGAUGAUGCCUCCUGGUGAACAAGAAGCCAGCAUUGCCAUGAAGACCGGUCCGGUUAACGCUGUGCUUGCAAACCGGUCCGAGACCAUGCCGGUUCACGCUGAUCGGUCUAGUUCCCCUAGCCACGUAAUCCCUUGCCCCGACGAAGAAAAUCCAAGUCCUCAUCAAGAUCAUCAAUUAAGAAAAUCUUCCGUUCUUCGCCGAUCUUUACGUCCCGUGAUUCUCAAGUUCGAGGACCUGACGUAUAGCAUCAAUUUGCGAACCGGGAAGGGUAGUUUUUGGUUCGGAUCACACGAACCGAAAUCGACUCGGUUAAUCCUCAACGGCGUAACCGGUAUAGUCAAACCGGGAGAGCUACUCGCAAUGCUCGGGCCAUCAGGAAGCGGCAAGACCACCCUCUUAACGGCGUUAGCUGGGCGUUUAAACGGCAAGCUCUCCGGCUCCGUCACAUAUAACGGACAGCCGUUUUCCAGCUCCGUGAAACGCAAAAUAGGAUUCGUGACCCAAGACGACGUCCUCUACCCUCACUUAACCGUCACGGAGACGUUAACUUUCACGGCGAUGCUCCGUCUACCCAAGGAACUAACCCGGUUAGAGAAAAUCGAACAGGUGGAAUCGGUUAUAUCGGAUCUCGGGUUAAACCGGUGCAGCAACAGCGUAAUCGGAGGCGGUUUGAUCCGAGGAAUUUCGGGUGGGGAGAGAAAACGGGUCAGUAUCGGGCAAGAGAUGCUCGUGAACCCGAGCCUGCUUCUCCUCGACGAACCGACGUCGGGCCUGGAUUCGACCGCGGCGGCGCGAGUGAUCGCCACCGCACGUGGGUUGGCGCGUGGAGGCCGUACGGUGGUCACGACCAUUCACCAGCCGUCGAGUCGGCUUUAUAAGAUGUUCGACAAGGUCCUUAUUCUCUCGGAAGGGUCGCCGAUUUAUAGUGGGGAGUCGGGUCGGGUCAUGGAGUAUUUCGGGUCCAUUGGGUUCCAACCCGGUUCGAGUUUCGUUAACCCGGCGGAUUUCGUUCUUGAUCUCGCUAACGGCAUAACUCCGGACACAAAACAAUACGAUCAAGUUGAAGUUCAUGGAAGAUUAGAGCGACACGAAGAACAGAAUUCUGUGAAACAAAUGUUAAUACAUUCUUACAGAAAGAGCUUGUAUCCAUUGUUGAAAGACGAGAUUUCCCGAACAUCAUUACCGCAAGACCAGACAUUCUCCGGUUCGAAAACGAAGUCAUCCACAAGAACGAAAGAUACUCAGUGGCCAACGAGUUGGUGGGUUCAGUUCUACGUUCUUCUGAAACGGGGCUUGAAGGAGAGAAGGCACGAAUCCUUCUCAGGACUUAGAAUAUUUCAGGUGAUGUCGGUUUCGAUCCUCUCCGGCCUCUUAUGGUGGCAUUCCCGUGUUUCUCAUCUUCAAGAUCAGGUGGGCUUGCUCUUCUUCUUCUCCAUAUUUUGGGGAUUCUUCCCGCUAUUCAACGCCAUUUUCACGUUCCCUCAAGAACGUCCAAUGCUCGUAAAAGAACGAUCUUCGGGAAUGUACAGACUCUCCUCCUACUACAUUGCAAGAACAGUUGGCGACUUGCCAAUGGAACUAAUCCUUCCAACCAUCUUCGUGACCAUUUCGUAUUGGAUGGGUGGGCUCAAACCCUCGCCAACCACAUUCCUCUUGACCCUUUUGAUCGUUCUGUACAACGUCCUAGUGGCUCAGGCCGUAGGGUUAGCCAUGGGAGCCAUCUUGAUGGACGUGAAGCAGGCCACGACGCUGUCGUCAGUGACGAUGCUCGUCUUCUUGCUAGCCGGCGGAUACUACAUUCAGCACAUACCGGGUUUCAUCGCUUGGCUGAAGUACAUUUCGUUCAGCCAUUACUGCUAUAAGCUUCUUGUCGGGGUUCAGUACACAGGGAAUGAGGUAUAUGAAUGUGGAUUAGGGUUGCGUUGUAGGGUUAUGGAUUAUGAAGGGAUUAGGAAUUUGAUGAUUGGGAAUAACAAUAUGAUGUGGGAUGUGUUGGCUCUUGGGAUCAUGCUGGUGGGUUAUAGGGUUCUUGCUUACUUGGCUCUACGGAAUUUAUGACCGUUUUGUUUGACGGUUACUGUCGGAAAGUUAAAGCCAAAGUGUACAAUAAGCUUUUGUCGUUCAAUUAGAAAUGGAAAUAUUAGCUAGUUUCAUUUUUUUGU